ACUCAGAACUUCCUUCCUCAAGGAAGGCUUUAGCUGAACCUCUGACAGCUUCUGCAGUACAGAAAACUGCAGUGUCAGUGUUAAAAAGCUGGCUGUGUUCUUUAACUGUAUUUUGGAUGGGAUUUUCUUUUUCUUCAUUGCCAUCUAUAGAAAUUGAUGAAUUUUUAAAGUGCUAAGGCUCCAUCUGCCACCAGAUGUCUUUUUGCCUGACUGAGAUGUUCCUGUGGUCUUUGAAGACUAACUUACAUAUUAGAGAUGAAGAUAUUGGCAUCCACCAGUACUACGACAAGAAAGAACCAGCAUCACAGAUGGAGCAUGGUUACUUAGAAGAAAAGCAAAAGCUAGCAGAAUCUCGAGAUUGUCCUUGGAUACUGAAAAACAAGCGACCAGACAAACUGAGAGAUACACUCAAGGAGUUAGAGGACUUAAUGCAAAACAGUCACUGUAUGCUGAGCAAAUGGAAGAACAAACAUAUCUGUCAGCUCCUCUUUCACUCAGGUAUAUUGGUGUCCCUAAGCCUUUCUGGGCCACAGCUGGAGAAAGUGGUGAUUGACAGGACCCUGGUGGGGAAGCUCAUCUCCGACACCAUCAGUGAUGCUGUUCUUACAGACAAUUUCAUCAUCUUGUCAUUUGAGGACCAUAACCAACUCUGCUUUAUUCAGUUUACAAAGAAGAUGGAUUCUCCCGAUGUAAACAAAAGACUGGAAAAGCUCUCUUGUUUGGACUUUAAGAUUUCUUAUAUUGAUAUAAUUGGACCAGAAAGUAGAAGGAUGAAACGUCACCUGGCAGUAAACUCUAUGGAAGAUAUGAUCAUUUGCUGGUGGUCAGCAACUAGUGACGGAGCAUGGCCUUGGUCUCCUAUUUCCUGUGAGAGGGACAGAGCCAACCUAUUGCUGUUAGGGUGUGCACAUGGCAAACUGGAGGUUCUGAGUUACGUCCGUACAGAAUGGGAUCCACUGGAUGCUACCUUCAGUACUAAUCAGCCUUAUCAAGUAUACACGGUAGAGCACUCCACCUCUGCAGGCAAAGAGCCCAUGGCUGACAGCUGCGUCUACAAGUGUGUUAGGAACAAAAUUCAGUGUGCAGCAGUCACCAGAAUACCACUACGAUCCAAGGCCAUCAGCUGUUGCAGAGAUGUUACAGAAGACAAACUUGUCCUGGGUUGUGAAGAUUCAUCAGUAAUUCUGUAUGAAGCCUACAACCAAGUGACUCUGUUAGCUCAAGCAGAACUGCUGCCUGCUUUAAUAAGCUACCACCCUUCCGGAGCCAUAUUCAUGGUUGGCAGCUCUCAAGGGGAGCUGCAACUUUUUGACACAGCACUGUCCCCAAUUAAAAUUCAGCUCUUAGCACAAGACUAUUCACCUGAGGCAACUCUGCAAUUCAGUAAACACUUUGACGUGCCUAACAGCCUCAUCCAGAUCCAGUGGGCUGCUCCUCAGGUUGCAUCUGCCAACACUGACAGCACGGAUAUUCAUGAUCUUUUGUUGGUUAGAUUUGACAAAGGACCCUUAGGAGUUCUUCACUUUAAACUUGGUGUGAUCACAAGAGGACAGCUGGGCCUUGUGGAAAUCAUCCACCAGUAUGUUUGUUAUGAUCAGAUACACGAGGCAAUUAAUGUCCUGAACACCAUAAACUGGAACACGAUGGGUUGUCAGUGUUACAUAUGCUUGAGUACCAUUGUCAAUCACCUUCUUAAACAAAAGCUUACACCAGAAAGAGAAGCACAGCUUGAGGCAAGCCUUGGAACCUUUUAUGCUCCAACAAGACCCCUCUUGGAUACAACUGUGCUGGAGUACAGGGACCAAAUCAGCAGAUAUGCAAGAAGGUUCUUCCACCACCUGCUCAGGUAUCAGAGAUUUGAAAAAGCAUUUCUUCUAGCUGUUGACAUAGGUGCUCGGGACCUGUUCAUGGACAUCCAUUACCUUGCACUAGAUAAGGGUGAAUUGGCACUAGCUGAAGUGGCAAAGGAAAAGGCUAAUGACAUUGAUGCAGAAUCAAUAACUACUAGAAUUGAACUUCUGGGGAAGUCAGAUGAAGAUGACCCAUCUCCUGAAGCUUUCGUUGACCGAUCUUCAGAGCAUGGAGGAGAGCAUGACCUGCCUGCUCCUGGUCCAGCCAUCAGACCACCAGCACAGAGCUGCUCCCACAGACCCAGCAGCCACAGACAGGCAGAGGACACUGAGUGUAAGCCUGGAGCGGACAGCCACACCACAUCCCUGGUGGGGAAACCCUUUUCCAGCAGCCAAGAAGGAAAUUUGAGAGCAGUUCCUUCAGAGCAGGAACUAGCCGGUGCUCGUAUUGGCGCUUUCAAGAGCGAGACCACAGUAAAGAGGAGUGAAAUACUACCCUAUGGUUUCAUGAUCGCUUUAAGCUGAUUUAACUGCAAGGUGCUGCCAAAUAAGGUGGACCAUCCCUUCCCCCACCAUCAGCCGCCAGUCUUACGUCCUCCUCCCUCUCCUGCGCUGGCUCGGGCACUCGCAUGCUUCCAGCCCGCGAGAAGCUCACUGGGGCAGGAGGGGAGGAGAAGACAUCCACGUGGGCAGGGAGACCCUACCCUGUCCCCCAGAUCCUUCAGCUACCCCCGUCUCCCAUGGGGACAUUCCCUCCUGGCCUUGUUUGGUGCCCCAGGUUUUUUGGGUGUUGGUGAGGGUGCAUAUAGAACGCAUACACAGGGCAAUCCUGUCUCCAAAGCUGGUGAGUCAGCAGCAUGCAGCACCAAUGCACUCCUUCAAUUCUACUUU